AUGGCCCAGCAAGAAAGAAAUGGAAACGUACAUGACCUCAAGUACCGCGAGGCGAAGCCUUCGCAGGGUAAUCCCGCGGCUCCCGUUGCUAGUCUUUUUCGGCUAGAUCGACGAACAAUUGUCGUCACCGGAGCAGCGGGCUUCUUGGGCGUAGCAGUCACUGCAUCAAUCUUGGAGAGUAGUGGCGAUGUUGUAUGUUUGGAUGUUAUGGAGGAGCCCAAGCCCUCUGAAUGGAGAGGCAUUCAACUCACGGCAAACCAGCAUGGCCGGACUGCAUCCUAUUAUCAAUGUAAUGUUAGGAGCGAGCAGGACAUCACAAUCGUUUUCCAGAAGAUUGUCUCGGCCCUGAAAUCGCCUAUCAGAGGCCUUGUUGCUUGUGCCGGGGUAUCCGAGAAUGGCCCAGCUACUGAUUUCCCUGUGGAAUCUUUCCGGCGUAUGAUGGAUAUUAAUGUCGUCGGAACAUUCAUGAUCGCGAAGGCAAUCGCCAAUGAAGCGAUUAGAACAAACGUUUCGGCAAGCCUGGUUUUUGUGGCUAGCAUGAGUGGAUACGUCUCUAACAAGGGCGUGGAUACCGCUGGAUACAACGCUUCCAAGGCAGCAGUUCACCAAUUGACAAGGUCUCUGGCUGCCGAAUGGGGAUCACGAAAGAAUAUCCCGUUGAUUCGAGUUAACUCUCUCUCCCCUGGCUAUAUCCGCACAGCAGCUACAGCUGAAGCUCUAGAAAAGCCGGGCAUGGAAUCGCAAUGGACUGGUGACAACAUGCUUUUCCGGUUGAGUACUGUCGAUGAAUUCCGUGCACCUGUCCUUUUCUUGCUUGGAGAUGGAAGCAGCUUCAUGACUGGAGCUGAUCUGGUUGUUGACGGUGGCCACCGUGCUUGGUAA